AUGGCUGAUGCUGGAUUUUUUAAAGGUACUUCGGCUGAUCAAGAUAGUCGAUUUGCAAAUAAACAAAAAAAAUUACUUAAACAAAUGAAAUUUCCAGAUAAUAUUGAUGUUAAAAUUGAUAUGUUAAAAGUUAAUUUAGAUGUGAUAAAACCAUGGAUUACUAAACGUUUACAAGAAUUAUUAGGUAUUGAAGAUGAUGUUGUUAUUGAAUUUGUUUUUAAUCAAUUAGAAGAUAAGCAUCCUGAUCCAAAAAUGAUGCAAAUUAAUUUAACCGGUUUUCUUGGUGGAAGUAAAGCUCGAUUAUUUAUUGGUGAAUUAUGGAAAUUCUUAACUAGUGCACAAGCAUCACCAGAUGGUAUACCUGAAGAAUUGGUUGAAAUGAAAAAGAGAGAAAUGAUUCAACGACAGGAAGAAGAUGACCGAUUACGUGAAAUUCGUAAACGUGAAGAAGAUAGUCACCGACAAGAUAUAAAACCUGAUAUUUAUAAAACAGAUAAUAAAGCCAACGGUCGUCAACCAACAUCAUCAUCAUCGAAUAGUAAAUCACGUCAUGAGAAUGGUAAUGUUGCUGGAUAUAAAUCACGACCUUAUUAUGAUGAUGAUCGACGUGAUCGUAAUAGACGACGUUCACCACCAAAAACACAUCGAACACGAGAUUCACCUAGUACAGAAUCGAAAUCACGACGUUUGGACAAAAAAGUCAUUAAUUCUGCUCCAAAACCUAGCGAAAAUGAAGAUGAUGAAAAGAAUCGACAUCGUUCACCAUCAAAAUCCCCUUCACAUAGUCGCAGUCCAAUAAAAUCAUCGCGAAAAAAUGAAAAACAACAACAACGAUCAUCAUCAUCUUCAUCCGUCGCUAGUAAUGCAUCCAAUCAAGCACCAAAAAAACUUGAAAAAAUAAAAUCUAAGCAUCGAUCUCGUUCCCGAUCGCCAAGUCCAAAGGACAAUAAAUCAUCAAGAAGAAAAAACAAUGAUCCAGUAAUUGAACAAUCGGUGUCAAAAACGAAACGAAAAUCGCCUACUCCUUCUCCUCCACGUUCAAAACAGUCCAUGAAGAAAAUUUUAGCUUCAAAAUCGGCAUCAAAAAAGAAUAAAAAACAUUCGAAACGAGCUCGAUCAACAUCUUCAAAUUCAUCAUCAGCUUCACGUUCCAGUUCAAGUACAUCUUUUUCUAGUUCAACUUCAUCGUCAUCGUCCAUUACGGAAAUAGACAAAAAGAAAAAACAAAAGAAAAGUAAAUUUAUUUAUAUUUCUUUCAAUGAAUGUAUAAUAAACAAAUAUUUAAUUUACAGAAUCACAAUCGACCAAGAAUCGUUCAAUCAGUCGAUCAAGAUCGCUGUCACCAAAUCGCAGUCGAAAAUCGAAUAAAAAAAAAGAUGAUCAUCACAA